AUGCGCAUCACCAUCGCACCGGCCGGGACCAAGACCGGAACGGCUGUGGUCCGAUCGCUGCUAUCUACCUCCGACCCCGUCGUCGAGGUCCAUGGCCUGUACCGCAACCUGGCCAAGGUACCCGAUGAGUUUUCCUCUCAACCACGCUUCCACGCGCUCCAGGGCGAUGUCUUGGACCCUUUGAGACUGCACUUUACGGGGUCGGAUGCCAUCUUGGCAAUCACUCCACCUGUGUACGAUGGCCAAGAUAUCGUCUCGUAUGCGGAAAUCGCUUCCAAGAACGUCAGAGACGCAAUCGAGAGGUCGGGCAGCGUCAAGAGGCUCGUCCUCCUAAGCAGUGGUGGCGCCCAGUUUAGCACCGGCGUGGGAGAGAUCAAGACGAACAACAUGGCGGAGAGGGUGUUUUCGAUGACCGCCAUUCCCGCAGUCACAUUUGUUCGCUGCGCCUACUUUAUGGAGAACUGGACCAUGAACUUCGACACUCUCAAGGCACCACAGCCCUUUUUCUUUUCAACGAUCACCCCCCUUGACUGGAGGGUCCCUAUGGUUGCCGUAGACGACAUCGGGUCUACGCUAGCAGCUGAGUUACUCAACGAAACCAUUCCGCCCACCAAGCCGCACAUAUUCGAACUUCACGGGCCCCAGCCUUACACUCCGCUGGACGUGCAGGCUGCCUUUUCCAAGGUCUUGAAAAGGGAGGUGGCGGUCAAGCCGGUCGCGAAAAACGAACUUUACGAUUUCUUCUCGCGCAUAUUUCCUCAACAGAUUGUGGGAGAAUGGGUCGAGAUGGCCGCGAGCUUCCUCCCCGGCGGCAUAAUGGCUGCCGACACUAUCAAUUAUGAUGACGUGAAUGUUGUCCGAGGUGUCACUGAGCUUGACACGGCUCUGGCUGCGGCUAUUCGCAAGAACUUGUUGGGGUCCUGA